GCUCUGGCUCCCUGUUGGUUGAUGGUUGUACGCACUCUUUCUCUGCGCCCAACAGCCAUCCCGGCCAACACCGUCCCACCGCCAGCCAUCCUCGGCCCCCAAUACCUGUUACGAUCGCAUCACAUCACGACCCGAACUUUUCCCCCUGUACUGCCAGCGAACGUAAAGAAAGACGUCUCCAACCUCUUUCUUGACCUCUGCACUCCGAUCAUAAACACGACCGCCCGACGUCCAACAACCUUCCUUCGUUCGCUUCGCAGACCGCCAUCUAUCGUCGUCAUCUUCCUCUCCACUCCAGAGUACCAGUACUUCGGUUGCGUCAGCUGCCCCCAGAGCCGCCCCUCGCCCAGAGCUUGUGGCCAGCUUCCCACAAUCACCGACGCCCACCACCACCGCCACCGUCGUCCAGUGAAGCACUAUGGAAUCGUCAAAGAAGAAGAAGAACGGACGCGACAGCGCUCCUUCGCGGCUAUCCAGUGGCGUUCCUACGCCCGUUAGAUCUCCUUCGCCCGCCAGCUCGGUCUCGAAGGUUUAUGCUGCCGGCGAGUCGUCCUUUCCAGAAGACUUUACUCUCUCGUCCGGACCGAUCCGCAAAUCGAGCACCUCGUCCUUGAGAUCCACUGCAGCACGCUCUUCGACUACCGCCACGACAGCUGCCACGACUGCUACUUCCACCACCUCCCACCCAGAGGUUCCUUCCAAAGAGCCCGAUCCUGCUGAUCAUGCUGGAGCAGAUACGCCCGCCGCACGGUCGUAUUGGUUCGCCAGGAAGAGCACGUGGCGGACGGCGCCACGGAAGCCUACACCGGUUUGCGACUACGUUUCCGCGGAAUCUUCAAACGCUUCGUCGGCAGGUGUUGCCGAGCUGGAGGACACAGCUACCGGUACCCUGGUACUCUCGCCCGGUCGAGCCCCGUCCAUCGCUGGUAAGAAAUCUCACCCACGGUUGACCGAAGAGAUGAGAAGCCGGAACGCGUCGACAACCUCGCUCGCUACGAAACCCCCGCCGCUUUACACCCAACCUCCCGCAGUUAGUCUGCCAGAGGAGGCACCCGCCCGUGAACCGACACCGGAACCACAGCCGGUGGUGGAAACGGCACCAACACAGCCGGCGCCGCCGGAGGAAGCUUCCGGCGAUGCGACCGGGAAUGCCCAGCCCGCUGCUUCGUCGGGGUGGAUAGGAUGGUGGUACGGCCAGCCAGCGCCGCCAGCACCAGCCGAACAACCUCCCGCCACGGAGCCCGAUAGCUGCAAGGCCGCCGAGUCCGCAGAGGAAGCCCUGAAGGCAACAAUGGCACCGGAGGUGCAGGUGACAGAGGAGGACGAGCAAAAAGCCACCACUACACAGCAGGAAGAUCCUGCGCCGAAACCGGAAGAUGCACUAAUCGCCGACACGGCAACACCGGCGCAACCUCGAUCAUGGUUCAGCUUGUGGGGUAGCGGCUAUACCCCUGUACCACCGACGCCGACGGUAAGCGGCGAGCAAGCCAUUGAGGAUUCGCCAGUCGAAAUGCCGGCAACACGGGAACAGUUGGUGCCCACACUCGUUACCGUGGCUGAACCGGAACCGGUGACCGCUAGGGAAGUGGCCCAGCAGGUUGGUGCAACAGCUGCAGUUCCCAGUAGCUCCGGUUACGGUUAUGGCUAUGGCUGGGGUUUCUGGUCUUCGGCCACGGCCACGGAUGCGAGCACGGAGGAUGCGAUCCCAGCGGCUGAAGGAGAGCUUGCCAUUGCCGGGACCGACUCCGAGACCAACCCUCAGAAAGCCAAGGUGGUAAAGCAGCUUGCCGCUCCUCCGACACCUCAGAAGAAGACAUCAACUUCAACAUUGCGCCGAGAGGAGAUCGAGUCGGAGCUGUCGAGCGAACCAAAGGUUCUAUCCGCCAGCGAAGUGGCCAUCGCCGAGACCAGUGCCGCCCGGAAGAAUGUGCAGAAAAUGCUCCCGGAGAACCACGUAUUGCCUACAUUCGACAGCUGUUACACGCAUCCCGACCCACCGGCCUCGAUAUUGAAGCGAUUCACCAAAAUCUUGAAGCCCAAGCAAGAGCCGUCGAAAGAUCACCUUUUCAUCGCGAAGCCUCGGCGGGUGAAGAAGGCAGUGGCCAUCGGUGUUCAUGGUUUCUUUCCCAUGAGACUGGUGCGCACCGUUUUGGGGGAGCCGACGGGAACAUCGGUCCGCUUCGCUAGUCACGCAGCCGCAUCGAUCAAACGGUGGGCGGAACAGAACGGCAUCGAGGUGGAGGUCGAGAAGAUCGCCCUCGAAGGAGAAGGAAAGGUGGCCGACCGGGUCGAAAUGCUCUGGGGGUUGCUGCAGAACUGGAUGGACCACGUCCGGAAUGCGGAUUUCAUCAUGGUGGCGGCUCAUUCGCAGGGAGUGAUCGUCGGCAUGCAACUGCUCGCCAGGAUGGUGGAGGAAGGGUGUGUGGACAACGCGCGGAUAGGGUUCACGGCGAUGGCGGGGAUCAACCUGGGGCCCUUUGGGCACCUACCUACGACCCUCCUGACCGGGUCCGCUCGGGAGCUCUUCGAAUUCCAGAAGCAGGACAGCAAAGUCUCGCAGGAGUAUAUUCGGGCCCUACGAACCGUGCUGGCACACCACAUCCGGAUCCUGUACGUUGGCAGUAUCGACGAUCAGUUGGUUCCGUUGGAGUCAUCCACCAUCACGAACAUCUCGCAUCCGUACAUAUACCGGGCGGUAUUCGUCGACGGCAGAGUGCAUGCACCGGAUUUCCUGAGCCACCUAGUCGGCUUCGCCAUGAAGUUGAGGAAUCUCGGCGUUCCAGAUCACGGGUUGAUUCGGGAAUUGAGCUCAUCGCUGGCUGGCAGUCUGUACGGAGGACAAGGCCACUCGUCGGUCUACGAUGAGCACGCAGUAUACGAUCUCGGUGUCCGCCAUGCUUUGGAGACGACAGACUGCACUCCCGACGUGCCGCUUAGGGUGUCGCCCUUCGAACUGGCAGCAAACAGCAAUCCCUACUUCCUUCCGUGGAGCCUGAGAGGCAUGUUGGAGGAGACAGUCGUGCGAACCCGGCUAUCGGGCGAGUGCGCAGAGCUGCUCGAUCAGUUUGAGAACUGGAAGCCAACGUCAAAGACUCUGAAGGAUGUCAAAUUCCGGCUAGAGGGCAUCAGGAGUAAACUCUGAGCUUUGUUUCUCUUUUUUUCUUUUUUUUCUUUUU